AUGGAUUCGUUACCACACAACAUCAUCAUCGUUGGGGCGGGUAUCGCGGGUAUCGCUUGUGCUCUUGCCCUCUCCCGGGAGCUGGCUCCAUUCGUCCCCAACCUCACUAUCACGAUUUACGAGAGACAUGAAAUCCUGUCUACAUCCGGCGGUGCGAUCAAUCUGACGCCCGUGGCCCAGCGUCAUCUGGCACAGCUGGGGGUUUUAGAGGAACUUGAUCGCAUGGGUGCCGAGGGUGGAGCGGAAGUAGAUGCCAUCGAGUUCUAUUCUAUGCGUUCCGGUCGCUCCGUUGGAUCGAUUGAUUUUGUCGAUCAAGAAGGGAAUGGAUUUGGAGGGUACAAAGGCCGCAGGGUCAUGCGAAUCAUGCUCUCCAUUGCGAUGAUAACGGUGGUAGAGAGAACGCGCAAUAUUGAUAUCGUCUUUGGGAAAAAAGUAGUUGGUGGAGAAGAGCAAGAAGGAAAAGCCGUGGUACGCUUUCAAGAUGGAUCCAAGGCAAUUGGAGAUCUUGUCAUCGGAUGUGAUGGCGUUCACUCCGCAGUUCGAACCCGUUGGGUCGAUCCUAACUGCCCUUCCCAAUAUACAGGCAUAUCGUUCUUACAAACCACUAUCCCGUCACAAACCAUUUCUUCGCCCAUUCAUUUCCGCUCAUCAGCGAUGAAUUAUUCACGGCAUGGAUCCAUUCUGACGACCUACUGUGAUCGGAAUCGGGAGCAAAUAUUCGCAGCUGCUAUUGUACAGUUCAGUCAGGAAGACUUGAGCUACCACAAGCUCGAGCCGGGUCAAGACUGGGCAACUCAAAACCGGAUUCGAAGUGCUUUGCGACGACAGAUGCAGGACCGCUUUUCAAAAUCUUCAAUCCGUUGUAUCCGAGAGAUGGUGGCCAGCAAAGCGGACUGGAUGCUCUAUCCAGUUUAUCAAGUUCGGCCCGGAGGACGAUGGUGCUUGAAUCGCGUGAUCCUGCUCGGCGAUGCAGCCCACGCGAUGCCUCCACGGGAUGAGUCCGCCGCAUACGCGCUGGACGAUGCCAUAUUAUUCGCACGCUUGCUGGCCCGCUAUCGAUCCGAGCCUUUGUCCGAGGUUUUCGAUGCGUACGAAGGCCUCCGUCGCGAAAAGAUCAACCAUGCAUUCAAAGAGUCCGGGCGCAUGUGGGAGCGGAAUCGGGACAUGGGUAUGCUGGAGAGUCGUCUCAAAGAAUGGAUGAUGCCGCUAUAUCUCCGAAGUCACCGAGAUGAACGCGAGGCUGCGUGGGAAUUUGACGCAGCUCAGAUUACUCUUCCUACUCCUGCGCCGAGUGACGACUUGCUGAUUCUGAUCCAUGGUCUGAUCAUGGUGGGAACAUUUUCAUCUGUACCAGCGGUUGACUUUGCUCGCUUGACUGACCCCAGAACGAAGUCAGAUGAACUGGCCAAAUUGAAAGAGGCUAUAUUUGUGGUCGGCUUCCUCUACUUGACGAACACUGGCCUGGAAAGUAUUAUUCAACGCACCCAUGAGGCCCUUCCGCGCCUCUUUAAUUUGCCCACGGGGGUGAAAGAAAAUUGUAAUAUGAUACAUUCACCCUCAUUCCUCGGCUACACCCGUCUCGGAGCUGAGACAACGGCCUCCAAGACCGAUCUUCGCGAGCAAUUUGAUUUCGGAACACCAGGAGUGAAAGAAUGGGCCAAGGGAGAUCCAUUUUGGCAACGAUUGGAAGGGCCAAAUCAGUACCCAGAUCAACCCGGCUCGCAACGCCUUGUUGAGGAUUAUAUCUGCCAAAUUGAUAGUUUGGCACAAGGAUUCAUGCAUUUAGUGGCGGAAUGUUUGUCCCUACCCACCGAUACCUUUGAUGACUUUAAGGGCAACAUGAGCCGGUUAAAGUUUGUAAAGUACCCACCGUCAACCGCUAAUUCCCAAGGGGUUGGACCUCAUAAGGAUUCUGCUGGUCUGUUCACGUUCCUUUCCCAGGACGAUACCGGUGGACUGCAGGUCUUGAAUAAAGACGGCGAGUGGAUUGAUGUUCCUCCGGAAGAGGGAAGUCUGGUGAUAAACAUUCAACAAGGAUUUGAAGCAAUCACUGGAGGAAUUUGUGCGGCUACUACACAUCGAGUCAUUGCGCCGACAUCAAAAACUCGAUAUAGCAUUCCGUUCUUUUUGGGUGUGCGAUUAGAUUUGACUCUUGAUCAGCUUAACGAGUCCGCAGCUCAUAUUGUGCGUUGCAUUCCUGUGUCAGAUGAUCAGAAGAAGCGGGCAGUCGAUGUUCCCAGUGAAUUCCUGUCUCCACUGUAUUCUUGUUUCGGUGAGGCUCACCUGAGAAAUCGCAUCUUGAGCCACCCCGAUGUCGGGCAGCAGUGGUACCCGGAGCUCUAUGCCAAGUACUCUCAGCAGAGUUUGGAAUGA